GUAAGCAUACAUGAAAUACAAUUUACAUGAUGUUGUGUGGUGAGUUUGCCGUGUUAUGUGGUGAGCUUGACGUCAUCUCACUAAUCCUCUCAGACCAUUACUACUACUAUUGAACCAAACGCGCCCUUAACUUUAUAGCUCCCUUCCCUUCCCCCCUGCCCACCCAAAUCCGAGAACUCCGAGGGGGAUGAUGGGCUGUCUAUUGUGGGCCUUGCCGCCGAGCCCACUCAUCUCACCGUGGACACAGUCUACUCACAAACCUCCGCGGCAUCAGCAAAACAACAUAGUCGCCGCCAAUCGGUCCUCUCGAUCACCGCCGCAACAGAAGAAUCAAAUCUCUCGCAAAUCCGUCGUCUCUGCGGCCAUCGCCGUCUUGCUAUUCACUCCACCCGUUAAUGCAGGAUUGCUGUCGGGUUUUGGUGGGAUGGAAUCAAUCCACGGGCCAGAUUUACCUCAAAUUGAUUUCCUCAAUCGCUUGAACGAAGAAAACCAGAAAAGGUAUGCAGAUGAUGAUGCCAGAUUCAAAGAGUCUCCAUUGCUUAAACAGCUGCUUGAGAAAUCCAAGCUAAAUAAAGAGAAAAACCGACGGGCGAUACAAGACAAGUAUUGUAUCCGUGGGGCCGAGUGGGGAAUCGGGGAUUGCUCUACCGCGGGGAUGUCACAGGAAGACAGGGAAAACUUCAUUUCUGCGUUGAAGCAGAAGGCGGGAGUAGUCGACUAAAGAACAUCAGUUUUCACAUAUUAGUUCGCCGAGGUCUUUUGGGCCUAAUGAGGGAAUCCCUUAUUCCAAGAAUGGUGCAAACUACUGCAAAACCCAUUUUUAGAAUGGUGUCUGCUAUUUAUUUGUAAAUAGCAAAGAUUUUUAUGUGGUACACAACUGCUACUACAUGAUAUCAACCUGCUUUGGUGUUUGUUGUUUUCUCUUACAUUCACCUCUUAAUGAUGUUCUUAUUCCUUGGGGACACUUCUUUCCACAUUAAGAGCCUUAAUUAGCCCUUUCUGGCUACUGCAUGGUGUUCAUGCCUUUUAAAGUGUACUCCCUCUGUCCCAAUGUAUCCGUCUAGUUUGACUUUUUUUGAGUCAAAUUGGACAAAUUUUAAUCAUCAAUUAGUCUCAAUUUAUAGUGAAUAUUAGCAUAACGAAAUAAAAUUUUAAUAGUUCU